UUUAGUUCAUUCAAGAGAAAACCACCUAUUCACAUUUUGUAUUGUGUAGUAAUUUCUGCCUUUUCUUCAAUUCUUCCACACACCUUCUCUAUCUUUGUCAAUGGACUCUAACCAAACCCAAUGGGGUUCUAAGGCAUGGCAUCUUCUCUCUCUGGUUCGUGCUCAAUCCCCUCUCAUCCAAUGCAUCACCAACUUCGUCUCCAUGGACAUCGUCGCCAACACCCUCCUCUCCGCCGGCGCCUCCCCCGCCAUGCUCCACGCCGUCGAGGAGCUCCCUGACUUCACUCCCCGCGCCGCCGCCCUCUACGUCAACGUCGGCACUCUCUCCCCCUCCUGGCUUCCCGCCAUGACGACCGCCGCCCAAAUCUGCAACACGGUCCACACGCCCUGGGUCCUGGACCCCGUCGCCGCCUCGGCCUCCGCCUUCCGCUUCGAAGCCUGCCGGGAACUGCUCCGUCUCAAGCCCACCGUCGUCAGAGGAAACGCCUCUGAGAUCAUCGCGCUCUCACUCGCUUCCGCGGAACCGAACGCCAGUGCUUCCAAGGGUGUGGACAGUGUUCACGAUUCAAUGGAUGCAGUUGAAGCAGCAAAGCUCUUAGCUCAGACAAGUGGUGCCGUAGUUGCAGUGUCAGGAGCCACUGACAUUGUGACGGAUGGAAUUCGAGUUGUUGGUGCUCACAAUGGGGUGGCCAUGAUGCAGAAAGUAACAGCAACUGGGUGUUCAGUCACUGCACUGAUUGCUGCCUUUGUUGCUGUUGACAAGAGUCAUGCUUUGGAUGCGGCAGUGUCAGCAUUAGCAGUAUUUGGCGUCGCUGGUGAGCUAGGAAUGAAGAUGGCCAAAGGUCCAGCAUCGUUGCGAAUGCACUUGAUUGAUGCACUCUAUGGACUUGAUGAAGCUGCCUUGAAUUCUCAUGUUAAUAUCACCAGUCUGUGUUAAAAAUAUGAAGAUCCUGCAUGCGAAAUGGUAAUUAUCAUAAAAUCCUUAUGUGCCAUAAUUUUCUAGGAAAAAAAUUUCACGUACAUCUCUCGAUUUCCUAUCAAUGGUAUCCAUUGAUUGAACAUGAUGAAUGUGGAUUGUUAAUUCGAUGACAUGGUGCAGCAGAGAUCCCUAUGACAACAAUCACUGGUAGCUACUUAGUAACGAUAGAAUCUUCAUAUGGUUUAAAAUAACUCACGAUUUCAAUCCUUUAUCAGUAGUAUGGUCAUCAUUUUGUAUGUAUAGGUUUUCCUGUUCAGAUUUAACUAGUAAUUUGUUUCGUGUAUAGGAUUUGAUUUGGUGGAAGACGCUUAUGAACUCCUGCUGCGUUGUUAAUCAUAUUGUCAACUGGUAGACUAGUGUAUGAAUAUGAACUAAUAAGUGACAUUUUCUUCCAUUUCAAGAUUCAUAUGCAGUAAACUCUCUUUCAUUGUCUGAA